AUGGCUGACACUGAGCGCACGAGGCGUACAAAAUAUGCGCAUGAAACGAACAGCUUGAGUUACGGUCAUUUUGGAACUGCUACGUAUGAGAGCAAGAAGCGUUCGUGGUCGUUUCUUCGUCAACACGAUGAACGUGGUCACUCAGACCGGGUUACGUCGUCUGGCUUUCAGCUCAUCCAUGAGCGAAGUAUGCGUCUACCUCACGAGCCGGAUGCAGACUUUGAAUCUCCUCCGUUUGACCUAGUAGCGAGAAACACUCUGUUGAAGAAGGUUCCGGAUGCCGCGUUUCUACCAAGGCGUUUGCUCAACUUCAACGAUACCUCAGACGUUGACAGCACAGAACCUGCUGCGGAACGCAAUACUCAUUCUGUCAAUCACCUGGCAGUCGGGAGCGUCAAGAUUUCAUUGAGAAGCCAGGCUCACGAUGCCGCACGUGAUCAUGCCUUUGCCGCCUUCUCGACUGGUCAGAAUGGCGAGAGGCUUCGAUUAGUCGACAUGGGCGCCGAAGACAUCACCUGGCGAAAUGAUCAGGGCUCCCUGGAAAUAUGCAGAGUCCCUUGUCCCAGCUCCCGCACGUCGCCAAGUUGGAGCAACUCUGCCGAGAAGAUUCUCUAUCUCGCUGGGCCCGGCCCAACACGUCACAGAUUUCUCGCUGUGAAGCCAAGCGGCACAAGCAUACUGGAGCCUAUCAUUGCGGAUGAUAGUUCAGUGAACAAGCGAUCGUUCGUUAAGCCGUCUUCGGUGGUGACCAUACCUCUGUCAAGGACUGGCGAAAGUCCUCAUGCCCACGCUGCUUUCAACCCACACGACCCUGCGUCAAACUUGGUGGCCAUUGUUGAUAUCCGCGGUCAGUGGAGUAUGUGGCGAAUAGAGGGCAGAAGGAAAAGAUCUGCUCGCGUGCUUUACACUGCCCACCUACAAGGGUCCAACAAUCUCAUGUCCUUCGCUACCUCACCCAAUGACCAAUACGUCUUGGACGGAUGGCAUAGGAUUUGCUGGAUAACAGAUCCUGCAGGCUUGAGGCAUCGUCGCCUCUUGGUGUGCGCUCGAAGGUUCGCAGCCGUCUUCGACGGCGGUGGGAACUUCGAGGGUCAAGUGGACAUGCGAUUGGGACCCCUUUCCGAUGGUAAUCAAAUCCUUGAUGUCAGGCACAGCACUGCCAGACCAUUGUUUACGUUUGUGCUUACCACUUCACGACUAUUGGUCUUUACUUCGAUCUCAGACGCUCGUCCGGGAUCACCCCAAAGCCAGCCGCUGGCUUUGUUGUGCUCCUGGAAGCACUUUCGCGGUGAUCCCAACCUCAAGAUGACAUGUUUGGAGACCGCAUGGGGAACCCUUUCAGACACGUGGGUGUUGUUAUACUCCCGAUCCAGCCAUCUUGCGGUAAUGUACCAUUUUAGGCACGAGCUGCUGGAUACGAAGACCAUUUCGAAGCAAGACCCUUCAGCCUUCGAGCUUCCCACGAAACUACAGGACAAGGGGCAGUUCGUUGAGGACAUUGCGCUAUAUCCUAUCGAAUUUACCAUUCAAGGUGAAGCUUCAAACCGAGCAGAUUAUGGGUUGAUGAAAAUGAUCGUAACCACCAGCAAUGGCAGCGUGAUUGAGGCGACGUACAAGCACAAGCUUGAUGGUCGAAAUGACGCGAAUCAAGUACCGAAACUUCCCUUGCCUCUCGGAGCUACUGGUCGAACCAUGCAAAGUUCCAGGUAUAUCGAGGAUGAUGAGAUGGAAGAUUUUGUUAUACAAGAUGGCAUUGAAGAAGACGAAGCUCUUGCACUUCCAGCGGCGACCUCCGUCGAGCGUGGGGAUGGGCAGACCUACUCUAUGCACACUCAAAACUGGCAACAUCUUCUGGACUCUGAAAGGUUCUGGCUCACGAAGAACUCGACUUCGCCUAUCAACAUAUCCAUCGAGAAGGCUUUCGACGAUUUCGGAAGUUCACAAAUUCGGAGUGAACCACAGCCCAUGAAAGUCAUGUCGCAAAUAGUGGAUGAUUACAACAUAGUGGAUGUGUUUCGGGAGUCAGAUCUCGUUGCGGCCUGGUUGAACUCACUUGAAGAGCGUCAAAAUCUGUCAACAGCGGUGGUCGGUGCUGGGCUCGAGCUUCUCGAGCCUCUCGGCCCCUCGUCGUUCGGAAGUCUCCUUGUUCUGUAUGAGCAGCUAUCUCUCGAUUAUGUCGGAUCGCUCGAGAAAGUCAAAGAUCGCAACCGAGUUAACCGAGAAAGGCUUGUUCGUCAGGUCGUCGGAGACAUCUUUCUAGGGAAUUUGAUCGUAAGAUCUUAUAAGAUUGCUCCUGAUCCGACCUCGUCCGACCCAGCUGCUGCUCCAAGACCAGAUCUCGAUUUACCAUCUUCCCCACCGGAAAGACAGCGUGACAGUUCCGAAGCAUUGUCCACACAACCAUCAGUCUCACAAAGCCCUGCUGUGGAAGAAGAGCCAAGCCUCACCCGGCUUCGAGGUUAUUGUACCUUCGCGGACCGAGUGCCUCGACUCUCAGUCUCCCAUAAGCCAACUAUUUCCAACGUUCUGGCCCAUCUCCCCAACUCGAUUGAAGAAGACCCUGCAGAUUAUUCCUACCAGAGCACGAAUCAGACGCUCAAGCUGGCACAGGAAGAGGUGGCCGCUCAGUCUUUGGACCCACAAGAAAGAAGAAAAGCAAUGCGACAAGCGGCUCGCCUGCAAAAAAAGCUCGAAAAGUCUGCCCAGAGAAGUCAAGAAGUUAUGAUGCAGCGACAAAUCUUGCCUGGCGUUGCCAGCCUUCGAAUAGGAGCUGAUAUGCCUCGGCGGGAAAUUCAAAGCAGUCAGGCUGCAGCACCGGAAUCGAGUCAAGCUCCAAUCUCAACUCAAGUGAUUCCAGGCCUGACCAUGACUCAACCGGAACGUGGAGCAUUUGGAAUGAGACUACAGAAGGCCAAAGGAAAGAAUAAGGGAGUGAAAAGGAGAGCUGGCUUUUGA